AUGCGUACCAAGUAUGCAUCCAUCAGUCACCGCGAUCCUUCAUCCGUGUUUUUUGAUGCACGUCGCGCCUAUAAUCCGCUAUACUCAGCCCAUCGCGCUGAACAGGCAGAGAAGUAUAUCUCUUCAAUCAAUGAGUCGGGCCGGCAUGUGUUCAACAACAUUGAGCCACCUCUGCUCUGCCUCGGGAUCGCCACGGUAGCCCGUCGUGGCACCCAGUAUGUGCGAACUACAGUGGGAUCCUUCUUUGCAGGAUUAUCCGAGGGAGAGAGGCGUUUAAUAUUCUUCGAUCUCCUCGUGGGUCACUCCGAUCCAGCCAAACAUCCGAUCUUCGCUGAACACUGGCUGGAUAUCCUACCUGAUCGUAUAUUACAAUAUCCCAAGGACACCGCAGAGUUUGACCAGGUCAGAGCAUGGGAGGAAGGAGGGUGGUACAGGAAUAAAUCUAUCCACGACUACAGGUACCUCCUAAGGGACUGUUAUAAUACUGGGGCCAAGUAUAUCGCAAUGGUCGAGGACGAUACCUUGGCUGUUGAAGGCUGGUUUAGGCGCUUGCUCGAUGCACUCGACAUUGUUAAAGUCAAGAUGAAUAGGUAUCCUUCUGACCAGCGUUGGAUAUACCUCCGCCUCUUUUACACCGAUGAACUCCUAGGCUGGAACAGCGAACUGUGGGCCACAUAUCUCUUCUGGUCAUUCGUCAUUUGGAUCUCACUCCUGACGAUGAUGUUGGCGUCUAGAAGACGAUUCCCAAGACAGCUAGAAUUCUUCACCAUUGACGUGACGGCUGUAAUUGCCAUCAUCUGCAUCCCGGCGAUGGUCCUCUUAUUCUUCCUAGCAGGGAAGCAGACAAUGAUGCCGCUUACGUCCGGGGUUCAAGAAAUGAAUAAGUACGGAUGCUGCUCGCAAGGGUUUGUCUACCCCCGAGAUAUGGUUCCGGAUGUCUUAGAUAAACUGAGGAUUGAGACAAAAGGAUUGGUCGAUAUGCAGAUCGAGAAGAUUGCAGAUGCGGAAGGAUACGUUCGCUGGGCUGUCGUUCCGCCCAUUCUACAGCACACUGGGGGGACGAGUUCGAAAGGAUAUGGGUUUGACGACAAUGCCCGACGAACAUGGAGCUUCCGCUUCGAACAAUAUCCUUACCACUGA